AUGGAAAGGAGGGCGCGGAGCUCCUCCCGAGAGACCCGGAGGAGUGGCGGGCGGGGCCUCCCCUCAAGUAGAGCUGGAGGUGAAGGCUGAGAGGGACGUAGAAGACUGCGGGCCGCCGGGAUUGCGGUGUCGCAAGCAGAGAGACCCCCGGGCGUGAUCCGCCGGGCAAGCCAACCGGGGUGGAAUUUGGAUGAGUUGCUGGGCUCCCGGCGAAGGAAGGCCACCGAGGUGAUGGCGCCCCUGGAGAGCGAGCGUCCCGAGGAAGGUACCAAGUCUUCUGGGUUAGGGGCCUGUGAGUGGCUUCUUGUCCUCACAUCCCUGCUCAUCAUCAUCGUGACCUUCCCUUUUUCUGUCUGGUUCUGCAUAAAGGUUUUACAAGAAUAUGAGAGAGUAAUUAUAUUCCGACUGGGACAUCUGCUUCCUGGGAGAGCCAAAGGCCCUGGUCUUUUCUUCUUUUUGCCCUGCCUGGACACCUACCACAAGGUUGACCUUCGUCUCCAAACCUUGGAGAUACCCUUUCAUGAGGUUGUGACCAAAGACAUGUUUAUAAUGGAGAUAGAUGCCAUCUGCUACUACCGAAUAGAAAAUGCCUCUCUUCUCCUAAGCAGUCUUGCUCAUGUGCCCAAAACUAUUCAGUUCCUCGUGCAAACCACCAUGAAGCGUCUGCUAGCACAUCGAUCCCUCACUGAAAUUCUUCUAGAGAGGAAGAGCAUCGCCCAAGAUGUAAAGGUCGCCUUGGAUUCAGUGACCUGUAUUUGGGGAAUCAAAGUGGAGAGAACAGAAAUUAAGGACGUGAAGCUGCCGGCCGGGCUUCAGCACUCCCUGGCUGUGGAAGCCGAAGCGCAGAGACAGGCCCGCGUGCGGAUGAUCGCAGCAGAAGGGGAGAGAGCCACCUCCGAGUCCCUGAGAAUGGCAGCUGAGAUUCUAUCAGGCACUCCAGCUGCCGUUCAGCUUCGAUACCUCCACACUCUUCAGUCCUUGUUCACAGACAAACCUUCCACCGUGGUUAUACCUUUGCCAUUUGACAUGUUAAAUUUCGUGUCUUCUCCCAGCAACAGAACUCAAGGAAGCAUCCCCUUCCCAAAUCCUUCCAAACCUGUUGAACCACUGAAUCCUAAAAGGAAAGACUCUCCCAUGUUAUAA